AUGGAAAGGACCAAUGAUUCCACGUUGACAGAAUUUGUCCUGAUAGGGCUUUCUGCCCACCCAAAGCUCCAGACAGUUUUCUUCGUUCUAAUUUUGUGGAUGUACCUGAUGAUCCUGCUUGGAAAUGGAGUCCUUAUCUCAGUUAUCACCUAUGAUUCUCACCUGCACACCCCCAUGUAUUUCUUCGUCUGUAAUCUUUCCUUCCUCGACAUUUGCUACACAAGUUCCUCUGUCCCACUAAUUCUUGCCAGCUCUGCAGUAAAGAAAAGGGUUUCCUUCUCUGGGUGUAUGGUGCAAAUGUUUAUUUCUUUUGCCAUGGGGGCCACAGAGUGCAUGCUGUUAGGCAUGAUGGCACUUGACCGCUAUGUGGCCAUCUGCUACCCACUGAGAUACCCUGUCAUCAUGAGCAAGAGUGCCUAUGUGGCCAUGGCAGCUGGGUCCUGGGUCACUGGGCUUGUGGACUCAGUAGUGCAGACAGCUCUUGCAAUGCAGUUACCAUUCUGUGCUAAAAAUGUCAUUAACCAUUUUGUCUGUGAAAUUCUGGCUAUCUUGAAACUGGCCUGUGCUGAUAUUUCAGUCAAUGUGAUUAGUAUGACAGGGUCGAAUCUGAUUGUUCUGCUUAUUCCAUUGUUAGUAAUUUCCAUAUCUUACAUAUUUAUUGUUGCCACUAUUCUGAGGAUUCCUUCCACUGAAGGAAAACAUAAGGCCUUCUCCACCUGCUCAGCCCACCUGACAGUGGUGAUUAUAUUCUAUGGAACCAUCUUCUUCACAUAUGCAAAGCCUGAGUCUAAAGGCUCUGUUGAUUCAGGUAAUGAACACAUCAUUGAGGCCGUCAUCUCCCUCUUCUAUGGAGUGAUGACUCCCAUGCUCAAUCCUCUCACCUAUAGUCUGCGAAACAAGGAUGUAAAGGCUGCUGUCAAAAACAUACUGUGUAGGAAAAACUUUUCUGAUGGAAAAUGA